AUGGAAUAACAAGUUGAACAACUCCGAAAUUAGUCUGUUUAAUCGACUUUUGAGGCGAAUAAACCAAAAAGACCUUAUCAAAAAAUUUCUUAAGAAACACGAUCUCAAAUUCUCCAAGCCUUGACGGUUGAGAAGUUGUCUUUAUGCAAUGUGGCUGAAAUGUUUAAAACGAAGGCCUGUACCUGCAAGGCAAUUUUACAAACGUAUGAGCAGGAAGGCAGAAGGGAGAAGAAGACCAGCAGAAGAGAAAGAGUAGAGAUACAAUCACUCCUUAAAAUAAUUGUAGUAGACCCUUUGGGACGAUCGAACUAAGAAUACAUUAAUAUUAAACAUUCUAAAAUGUAUACCGAAGAAAAAGUUCUGAGUAGAAAGGAAGAAAAAUAACUCAAAAGAAGACUCUAAUAGGAAAUCUUAGCACAACUGGAAGAACUGCAAACUGGCUGUUACAAUGUAUAAUAAACAAUCUCGAAGGACAACAAUCCAGAUGAAAAAGCUCCAGAAAAUAUUGCCCGAGGAGUCAACAUGAGUUUAUAAUUAAUUUAGUCAAAGUUAAAAAUGGAUGGUGUCAGUCUGAGUAAGUAAGAAACAAAAAAGUUAAAGGAACUAAAAAAACAUUAGUAAUUAACUAAAUUGGAAGAAUUAGUAAAGGUUGAAGAAGGAAAAAGCAAUUAGAAUUCUUAUAUUUAGUAAGAACAAAAAUUCGAAAUCCCAAAGACAAAUGGUUUAUAAGAAUUGGGAUAGAAUUACAGUAAAAUUAAGCAAUUUAUAGAAAGUGUUAAUUCAAAAUCAUAAGUAAAUCCAUAAAUUAUUGAUAAAUUAAACUACUUAACAAAUGAAACUAUUUUCUAAAUGAGUCUGAAAUAAAGAUUGUAAGAUAAGGAUUUUUAAGUAUCAAUUUUAAAACACAAUGUUUCUAGAUACUUAAAAUAAUUUUUUUUAAGUAAUUGAUUAUUAUAAAUUUACUUACUAAAUAUUCUAUAUCCUACAA